AUGCCUCAUAGCUACUGCCAGUCAUUCAGGAGCUUGGGCAGAGCCCCAUCACUCUCUGCCAUCACACACGACUCUAAUCCUAAAAGCUUUGAAGAUGGAAUUUUCUUGCCCAGCAGUUGUCACAGCAGAACCUGGCUCCUGGGCAACAUUCAAGAAACCAACAGUGAAACCUCUGCCCAUCAACCGACCACUUGUGAACAGCACCAGUGUAAAGCGGACCCUUGUGUGCAAAGUUCCUGGAUCUCCAGAGCUGACCAAACAACUUGGUCCAAUUUGAAAACCUGUGAAAAGACAACAUGCCAAUCAGGAAUCUCCCCAGCUGUGACGGAGUGUGCUUCUCAGCCCUGCCAGUCAAGAAAUUGUCAGCAAGUAGGUUUUGUAGCCCAGAGUUAUCAACCUGCAAGUUACAUGGCCAAGUGUUACCCAGUAAAGUCUACAGUGUCUGAGGGUUGCCAAACUGUGGAGUUUGAAACCAGCCAAUGCUACUCUCAGGUCUCUGAGUCCAGUUCCUGUAACUCCUCCAGCAAUGUUGUCUCUGGGACGCAACUUGUGGAAUCUUCUGGCACUUAUGAGCCAGCAUGCUGUGUGACAGGUGGUUCACAAUUGUCUAGUAAGUGA